CCUGAUUUCUCUCUGUUUCAGACCAACCUGCCCAUCUUCAAGCUGAAGGAGUCUCGUGUGCGGAGACGGUACAGCGACUUUGAGUGGCUCAGAGGGGAGCUGGAGAGAGACAGCAAGGUGAGCCCUCUGGGGGUUUACAAGUCUCAAUACACUUUACACAGGAAUAAUUUAAUCAAACCCAAGAGAUAAAGACAACAAUAUAACUGAUACAAGAUUUGAACUUGUUAACAUGUGUGUGUCCCUCUCAGGUGGUGGUACCCCCUCUCCCAGGGAAGGCUCUGUUCAGACAGCUGCCGUUCCGAGGGGACGAUGGGAUAUUUGACGAUUCUUUCAUCGAGGAGCGGAGAGCUGGGCUGGAGCAGUUCCUCAACAAGUGAGUCUACACAGACAAGAUCCUACACAGACAGAACCUGGAUGUUGUGCUGUGUUGCGAUUUAUUACUACUUUUUGAUUGAUGUCAGGUGUGUGUGGGAGCGUACAUGUAGGCGUGUGUGUUUGUUAAACAUUUCAAUGCAGUCACUCUUGGCUCAAUCUUAACCUUAGGAGCCUAUGAAACAUUUAACAUAAAUCAGAUUUUCUCUCAUCUUUCUUGGCAUCGUUAAGACUGUACACAUACAGCAGGACAUCUCCCCAUCUCUACUCCUUCAUUCUCCUUCAUAAUUGCCUGUUAAAGGAACAAGAGGCUGCAAGUGCGUCCCUUAGUACUUGUUUUUUUCAUAAAUUAGUUUUAUCUUAAAUGUGUAAUUUAUGAUAAUUGAGUCUCAAAUUACAGCGAGCGGUUCCUUGAUGGAUGGUGUGUGCACCCCUGCUUAUUUUUUACCCAAGGUGUUCUCACCCCCACGUAGAGAACAAUAAAAGUUACAGUGGGGCUGUUAUUAUUUGCUUUGAUUGCAGACUUGGCUAUUAUCUUUGUUUCAUGUGCAAAUUAUACCUGUUAGAAUAUUAAGUACGCUAAAAGACUGUGGCGAGAGAGAAGAAAUUGUUUUUUAUUCGAAAGAGCGAAGAAUGUGUUGGUAAUUAAUAUUUUUUUCCCUCAAAUUAAACACUGCUGUUGAUCAUGGCAUUGUUCAGACUUAAUAGCUGCACAGCGGAGUGGAGUUGGUUCGCUCUGCUGUUAUGAACUGUGAUUGAGUAUAUUGUGGAGAGAACCUUUUACCUAGAGGUAAACAUGGUUAUCACUUCUAAACAACCCAGCAGAGGGGAGAGAACAGCACAAGGGAAGUUCGCUGGCCAUAUUGUUCAAAAACAAAAUGUGUGAAUACGGUCAGAGUUAGGAUGGAGGAGUGGGGACAGGGUUGUGUGUGACCAGGGGCCAGCUUAUUUACAGUUUAAUUGAACCCCAUAAAAAAAUGUCAGUUUUGAUUGAGUCAUGCAUGGAGUGUCGGGAGGGGGGGCUCAACAUGCUCAUCUAAUGGCAAAUGGAAGCCUCCUCAAAUCCUCCACAAUGUUUCUGCUGUACAUGAACCCUUGGGGUCAUGCUUGCCCUUCAGAAAUAUUUCCCAUUUAAGAAUGUAGCUGAGUACACAGGAUGAUGAGAGUAUGUCUGUCAUGGGAAAUUGGUCUGUUAAGAGGAAGUAGAUUUUUUUUUGGUCUCAGGUGCCCUUUCACGUUUUUGCUCCCUUGUUCUCCUUUGCUUCCCCCCCUCCAUCUUUCUUUCUUUCUCUCUCUCUCCAUCCCUCUCCCUGACCUUGAUGGUAAUUAUGAGCAGCUUCCCAGAAUACUUUCCUCUCUAUCAAAUUCUCUGCCUCCUGCUCCAGAUGUGACAUGGGGACAGUAUGAAUGUAAAAUAACAUUUAGUAAAGGUGUUCCCUGUUCCCCUCUCAAUUCCAUCAUACAUAGGUCAGUGGUCUUCUAAAUACACCUGAUCUGACCAUUUGGACAAAACAAACCUGCUGAAAAUGUGGGCACAUUUUGCUUAACUUUUGACAACACUUUACACAGUACUUUAAUACUGUCCUAUUAUGGUCAAUCUCUCUCAUGGCACUCUCUCAUGGAAGCCUUAUGUUCCACAUAGGAACGAAGAGGAUUAAGUAAGGAAGUCAUUAUGGUAAAGAAUGUAUUUAGAGAUUUUUCUCCAGGAAAAAAAAGAAUGUACAAAAUGUGUUCUUUGUUACCAUGUACUUUGUGGCCAUGUCAGACAGACUGUAACAACAUGAAUUCAUAACCACUUGUAACCUCUGUGUCUCUCCCUGUUUUGUGUUUCAGAGUGGCUGGUCACCCCUUGGCCCAGAACGAGCGCUGUCUGCACAUGUUUCUACAGGAUGAGUCUGUGGACAAAACCUAUACCCCCUCCAAAAUACGACAAGCCUAA